AUAAAAAGCCCAGGACUGACCAGACAGAAUCACACAUCAAGACUCUCCAAAGCAUCUCCAGGACCAAGAAGCCAUCUAGAGUCUCUCCACUGUCAGAUCCAAGGAGCCAUCCAGAGUCUCUCCUCUCCACACACUGAAGAUGGAGCAAAGCCCCUCUCUGACCCUGCUGCUGCUGCUGCUGCUGGGCCUCUCUCAGGCCAACCCUCUCAUGGAGGACGGAAGUGGACCAGAGAUCCUAACAGACGACCCUGAGGAUGUAGACAUCACUGAGAGAAUUCUGACCACCAAUAACGGCUCCAGUCAGUUUCUGUUGGAGGGAGACAUGGUGGCGCCAACAACCAGAAAUGCCAUGGUUUGCUUUAGUUCCCCUUGGAGGUGCUUCUGGACAAAAGGCACAGACGGAUUGGUUGAAGUGCCCUACACAGUGAGCAGUAGCUUCAGUUCCUCUGACAAGCAGGGCAUUGAGAAUGCCCUCCGGGCCUUCCCUUCCAAGACCUGCAUUCGCUUCGUGCCUCGUCAGAAUCAGGUUGACUUCAUCAGCUACGAGCCCAGAGACGGGUGCUGGUCCUCUCUUGGGAGAGUGGGAGGCCAACAGACGGUCUCUCUCCAAAUGGACGGCUGCGUUUACUUCGGGGUCAUUCAGCACGAGACUCUCCACGCUCUGGGCUUCCAGCACGAACAAACCAGGAGCGACCGUGACCAGUAUGUCACCAUCAACUGGAGUAACAUCGACUCUAACAACGCCUACAACUUCGACAGAUCAAACACCAACAACCUGAACACUGCCUACGACUACAGCUCUGUCAUGCACUAUGGAAAUACAGCCUUCUCUAUCAACGGGAAGGACACCAUCACCCCCAUCCCCAACCCCAACGUGCCCAUCGGCCAGAGACAGGGGUUGUCCACCACUGACAUCCUGAGGAUCAACAGACUCUACGGCUGCUGAGAGGAAGACAUCAAGUCACAGGAGAAAAGUCUGGAAAAGACCAGAUGAAGGAAGUCAAGUCUGACACAUAUAUUGUUAUCUUAUUGAUUUAAAAUCAUUGUUUAGUUGUAACUUUAAAAAAUAUCACUGCUGUAGUUGUGUAGUUCUCAAAUUAUUUUAAUCAUAUGACUUAGUUAAUUAUCUAAAAUAAACAAGAUUGAAAGCAGAUGCUAUUGUGUAAUUCUAG